AUGGCACGCUAAGACGAUACCGCACAGAUGGACGCAGUAAUAAACGACUGCCUUCAAAAGUGUAACUGGAAUACUUUUCUGUUUCUCUAAAUUAAAAAAAAAGUUUCCAUUUGUGAAGACUCGAAGCGGUCAACCGUGCACACAGACAGUAAAGUGUUACUUCAUUCUGUAUUCAUUUUAGGAUAUGACGAUUGGUCAGAGCAAGCAGGAAACUACAGUCGUGACUUGUUACUUUAUUAAUAUUGCACUGUACUGCGGAGGCGAUGAAAGGGGGCGAGCGAUUCCAAAACUGAUACUUGAAAAAAGUUAUUAAUUUGCGAACUUCUUUUUUUUUUUUCAACAGUCAGGAGGCAUGUUUGUAUUUGUCUAUCGGCUGUAAAGCUCGUUUCGGCUUUUUAAAAAAUAAUUUAUGAUAUCUCAAAAGUAUUUGGAAAGGAAUAACACUGGUUCUGGUUUUGGUUUAAUGCCUCAGAUAAUGUCAAACCCAGCACUAAAGGUCCUAUCUGAGGUGUUGAUAGUUUAUACAAAGGAUGCAGCUGAAUGGAGCAUAUACCUGCAGAAUGUGCUGGUUUCAUGCAAACAGUUUUCCAAGAAGUCAGUCUUGUUAUAUGAGGUCGAGAGCCAUACCCCUGUGGCCCAGCAGGACCUCAUUAUCUUCCAGAACAGCAGGUGUAUCAUCCUGUUGCUGUCAGGAGAACUCUUGGAUGUUCUUGGCAGCUUUGAGGUCUUGGAGAGCUUUCAGAAUGUUCUGCAGCCCCCUAGUAAGAUGGUGAUGUUGUUUUGUGGAGUGACAGAGACUGAAAUGCUAUCGGAAUGCUUCCAGGACUGGCAUCAAUGGAAACAGCUCAGUCCAGAAGAUGAACCGAUGACCUAUAUUUCAGUGGUUCGACAGGCUGUGUCUGAAGACUCAGGUUGUGACAGUGUGACUGACAGCGAGGCGGAGGCAGAGGACGAGGCUGUGCACACUAAGCUGGUGUGUUCCACAGAGACCCGUCAGCAUGAGGACUCCCAGCCAGGCAGAUCGGUCCACGGGAACUGCAUCGCCAUUCAGCCAAACAGAAUACAAUGUGGGGCACAAAUGAAGAUUUACAUUAUUCUGAAAUGUAAGCUAGACAACCAGGUAAAAACUCAAGUGGAGUUCUCCAGCAAAGACUGUUCUUCCAAACGAGAGUCUGCAGUGCUUGAAAAUGAAUACACUGUGUCAGUGAACGCUCCUGAUAUGCCUUGUGGACCUGUUUCUGUGACUCUGUACUUGGGGGAUUUAACUGUGUGUUCAACAUCUGUAAGUUACUACACUGACAUGGAAGAAAUCGGAAACUACCUUCUAAGUGCCAUCGACCCUAUACAGUUUAUGUGUCAGGCUUUUAAAAUUGCAACAAAUAAUAUAGAAGCUCUGGACAAGCUAUUGACUGACUCCUUAAAGAAGAAUAUCCCAGCAUGUGGUCUACAGCUGUUUGGCAUAAACCAGCUAGAACAAGAAAACAUGUCUGCAUACCAAAGGAAUGAAGAGCUCCCAACUCUACUUCAUUUUGCUGCUAAGUACGGUCUGAAGAAACUCACAGUGCUUCUGCUGCAGUGUCCCGGGGCACUGCAGGCCUACAGCGUGGUCAACAAGUAUGGUGAAUAUCCCAACAACAUUGCAGAGAAGAACGGCUACAAAGACCUGCGCGAGUUCAUGGAUGAGUAUGUGGAGACUGCUGAAAUGCUGAAGACCCAUAUAAAGGAUCAUAUUACACAAGGAGACGAUGAGGAGACAUAUGAGUCCAUGUCCAACAUGUCCAGAGACAUUCUGAUGAAAUACUCACUGAAUCCAGGAUGUGAUGAAGACAUCUACGAAUGCAUGGUGAAGCUGGACCCUGAUGGUAUGGAAGAUAUAUAUGAAGACAUGGUAAAGGAACCAGAAUCAUCACAAGGCAUUCCAGACCCUUUUUUUGCACAGGAAUCGAUACUACGCAAAUUCUUAGAAGGAAAAUCCAGUAGGAGUUUUGAUUCUACUGAAGAGGGAGAGCAGGAGGAGGAAGAUCCGUACAAGUUAUCUGUAGAUGAAGACGUCUAUGACACUGUGGAGCCAGGGGCCAGCCAUCCACCGGAAAUCAUAAACCGACCUCCAGCACCCGUCCCAAGACCCUCAGUCAGCCUGGAACCACAGGAGAUGGAGCCAUAUAUUUCCAAAGUGUUUUCAGCCAAAGAAGAGGCCAAACUGGCGAAUCUAUAUACUGUCGUAGAACCAGUGCCAGGGCCAGUGAGACCCGUCAGGGACAGGCCUUCAACCACCACUUACGACCCCUACGGUGGUAUGAAGACCCCAGGACAGCGGCAGCUCAUUGCCCUGCAGGAGAAGGUGAAGGUGGGGAUCUUUACUGUGGAAGAGGCUGUGCAGCAGUUCAAGGAGUGGCAGCUUAACCAGAAGAGCAGAGGAGAGUCCUUCAAGUUCCAAGAGGACAAUUUGAAAAAGUUACGGGCCAGCAUAACAAGAAGACAGAAAGAAAAAAGCAAAACUGGGAAAUCUCUUGAUCUGCAGAUCACUGCCCCAAUUCAGCAGUUCCAGGGCCAGCCCCUGAAAUUAAAAUGUGCGGUGUAUGAAUCCAACCCCAGAGUGCUGGCAGCCCCACCUCCGCCCAGUCGACCCAUCAGCAGGGGAAACUGGCAGACUGGGAGCACAACUAGUACGUCCAGCAGUGCAAGCAAUAGAUCCAGCACACGCAGUAACAUGAGCUUCAGCAGCGGGGCCGAAGGGGACAACGAGGACAAUGUAGACAGUUACCGGAGCCCCAGCCCCCCGCCUCACACAGCAGAGAUACAACCAGAGCUCCCACCGCCUCGUGUGCCUCCCCGGACCCCUGCAAGGCCUCCACAGAGUAAUAUGGAACGCUAUGCCCCUUGUCCAACUCGUCACAUCCCUGGUCCUAGACGCCUCAGCCCUCCUCCACCCGUACCACGCAGAACUCGUUAAUUCAGUCUUCCGGCUGCACUGACGGAUCAGUUACACCUGCACCACUGAGAUAGUCAUUCAAGGAAUUCUGUGUAUCUUUUCUGUGACAUCACCUAUCAAAAAAUGGGAUGGAAUUUACAAAACUACUAUGUAUGAUUUGGACGGUUUCUGCAACUGACAGUCCAGUGAGACUGAUGAAAGCAAACCUGAAUGAUAUAUAUCCAAUCAAACACGUGUUAGUCACAAAAUAGUUUAUAUGGAUUCCAGAAAGUAAACCUGAAUAGAAAGAGCUAUGGGCUGAACUGAGUAAGCUUUAUCAAGACAUUUUUCUUGUUUGCCAUGUAAAUUCUCUUCUUGUACAUUUCACUUAAGUGAAUUGGCACAGCAUUUGUUUGUUUUUCUUUGAAUACUUCAUUUGCAUUUUUAAUUUGGGCAUAUGCUGCAGACAAAUAACAGAAUGUGUAGAGGUAUGCACAGUAAACCCAGAGUCAGGGUAGACACUUCCGUUAUUGUUACAUGUUUCAAAAUGAAAUUUCCCUAAUAGAUGUUUAUGUACCAUGGCAAAAACAUUGCUAAGUGUAGGGGAAACAUGGUAAAGCAUUGGAAACCAUGAUGAAGAGCAACAUGAUAUAACAGUAGCAUAAGCUUUUAUUAAGUUAUCACAGAGGAACGACACAAACUAUAACAACAUUGUCGCAAACAACAAAAAGCAGAGGUAGAUUUACUGUACAGUACAUUUGUGUUCAUACCAUUUACCUACUUUCUUCUGCACUUAAUGUAACAAUUUAUUUCAAAAAGUCCAGGCUCAGCAACAGAGCCCUGUUCACUGAACAAUGCUGGAGCUGAAUGACCAGCUAUUGUCAGUUCCAUACCCCCGGAACAAGUGUACUAACCUGCUGAUGUUGUUUAUUUAUUCUUAUUACAAACCACUUCUAUUUCUAAACAUUUACCAUAGUUAAAGCAUAGCAAAGUGUAAUAAAGCAUGGUAAAGCAUAGGUAAGCAUUGUAAAGCCCAGAAAG